AUGAACGCCUGGCUCACCGACGCCUCGAAUCUCCCUGGCCAGGAUAAUGGGGCCUUUCACCCAUCCACUAUCGACCCCUCUGCCGCUUUCCUCCACACCUCCCCGACUCCCCAGGACCCCAACCAAUUCCAGCGCAUGUUCAAUGGCGUGCCGCGGAAUGCCUCACCGGGCUUCCACAACCCAAACCAGGUGAUUCCGUCCAAGCGACCACGACCCGAGGAUGGGAUGCCCAUGUCACCGCGCCCAGCACCGGGCGUGACGGGAUCGCGCUCCCAAACCCCACACCAGAUGCCUUACCCAGGUUAUCAGGGGCCAACCAACGGUGCUGCGCAAUUCCCUCAACAUCCCACCCCGUAUCAACAUCUUCAGCAAGGAGCGUCGCCCAAUGUGACCCAGUCUCCCAUCAUGCAGGACUUUGACCAGCAGAGCGUUCGCAUGGGAACGGCCUCUCCAAGUCCCUUCUCGCCCGCGGGUCCGCAUGUUGGUCCUCAUAUGUCACCGUCGCAGUCGGAUCACGGUAGCCGAGUGAACACGCCACAGAACAACUUCAUGCCGCAGGGCUUCCCGCAAGGAAUGGGCGCUCAAUUCCAACCAGGACCGGGGAUGACCACGGCAGCCUCCCAACCGUCGAUGCAGGCGCCGAUGAGUGGCAUGCAACAAGUACCUCAAGGAUACCAUCAAGCAUUGGCAUCCCAACAGCAACGACUGCAUGCCAUGCAGAUGCAGAACCAGAACCGGCAAAUGAAUUCCAAUCCGGUAAUGGCCGGACGGCCGGUUCCUAGCGGCAUGAACCCCAUGGCAAAUCCUCAGCAGAUGGCGGCCAUGAGGCAAAUGCAACAACAGAACAUGGCGAAGCCCCCCAAUCCAGAAGGAUUCAUGCGAACCAUUCAAAAAUUCAUGAUGUCGCGAAACCUUCACAUGGAUCCCAAUCCGAUUGUCAGCGGCCGUCCGAUUAACCUGGUUCAAUUGUAUGCGACGGUCAUGAAGAUGGGGGGAUCGAAGAAGGUUACAGCGAUGAAUAUGUGGCCAGCAGUCGCGGCGCAGAUGCAGUUCCCCCAAGUGCAAUUUCCCAUGGCGGCUCAGGAGAUUCGGGAGCACCACCAGCGGAAUUUGGCUCCCUACGAACACGCAUUCAUCGCAUCCCAGCAAAAGCAGUAUGCAGAUCAGAUGCAGCAAGGUGGGAUGCCGCGACAGCCAAGUGACCCAUCGGGGAUGCAGUUCCAAUCACCCUCGGUGAAGCCCAGUCAAAGCUUCGAGCAGCCCCAGUCACUCGCGCCCUCACCCCAAACCAAUACCCCCGUCUCGAACAAUGCCCAAGCAAAUCCCGCCAACGGAUUCGUAACGCCGACUCAGGCUCGAAGCCAAGGCAAGCCAGCCCAGCACGGGCACCGAGCCAGUGUUUCACGCCAAUCGCAGUCAUCGGUUCCCCCGGCGGACGUUACGGGACAGUUUCCUGCACCUUCCGCAUCGCAACCGGGGAAGAACGCCGCACCAACACCUGGCCAGCAACCGGGACAGCCAGAUCAACAGUCAGAGCAGCCACUGAAGCGGCCCAUUGAGGAUUCUUUCAAGCCCACAGUUCUGAAAGAACACCGUCUGCACGGGCCCAUCGCUGUCGGUGAAAUGUACCAGCUUGGGGAGGAUAUCACUAGGCUAAAACCUGACGUUCCCAGUUAUCUUGAGCUGGGUUUGAUUGACAUACAUGCCCUGACGAUGAGCCUCAAGUCUGGAAUUCAUGCCGAAAUUCGUGUGGCUUUGGAUACCCUCGCCACCCUCUCCUGUGAGCCGGCGAUCCAGCUUGCUCUGGAAAAUUGUGAUGAUCUGGUCGAGAGCUUGAUUGACUGUGCCGAAGAUCAAGCAGACCUGUUGACUGAACACACCCCGGAGGAAUCUGAUGUCAUGCGUUUACGAUCGUACGAAGAGGUCACUCGCGGGUGCCAGUCCGAAUUCACAUCGCUCACAGACCCUCCCGAGUUUGGAAGCUUGGCCUACGAACUUGACCGGGCCGUGGACCGAUUGAUUUGCAUCGCUACCAUUCUGCGCAAUUUUUCGUUCAGCGAAUCGAAUUUUGGGGUGCUAGGAAUGCCCUCGGUUACUCAGCUCCUGUCCACCAUCUUCUACAACAUGGGCACUCGCACCCUGUUUCUGAGAAGCCACCAGAACACGUUGGAUUUCAUGAAGGAUGCAGUGAUCUUCAUGAGUAACCUGGCUCACGUCCUCCAAAUACCCGGGAAAGAUGAGGCACUGCAUUUGCUAAAUUUCCUUCUUGCCUUUGCGCCGUCACCCGUACCUACGGCGACACCUGACAAAGUGAUGUUCACUACUUUCAACUCCAACAUUCACCGAUAUACGCCCUCUGCUGUCGAUGGUCUCGCUAAACUACUGGCGCGAGAUGACCCAAAUCGAACUUUUUUCAAGGCUAUCUUCUCUGGGGAUGGUGCUGCCCCUCCACAGCCAGAGCUGCUCACCCGCACGUUUGGCCUUGCGAUUUCCUCGGUGCCUGAUAAAAAGCCACUGGCGGUCGCCGACACUCGCAAAGUCUUUUUGAUACAAGGCCUUCUGGCCGCUGAUGUCUUAACUACUUUUGCCGACGGCUCUCUCGCACAAGCGUGGCUCGAGUCUGUAGAUGGUUUUGCAAUCCAUCUCCUGAGGCUUUCCUGCGCGCUGUGUACGGAACGCAUGCCCCAAAUUACCAUGCGACAACGAGGGGGGCAAACUGAGGCUGAUGCCUAUGCAUUCAACUCGAUCAUCAACCGUGGAUUGGCUAUUCUACGCCGGCUCGCUGAAAAAACCAAACAAGCAGACAGUGCCUCCCCCCUCAGGCUUCCUUCGGGGAUUCUUCCUCGGAAAGAGAGCCUUCUCGGGGCCUUGCUACUCCCGACUGUCGACCCCGCUGUUGUGCGCCAACUCAUUACCUAUUCUCGGCUUGCAGAGUGA